CAGUCAUACGAUCUGUCAUCAUCCUUCGUACAAUGCGAAAAGGGAAGUUGAAAGAAGUGGGAGAGGGAGACCGCGGAGCCUUAUGAAAUCUAACGUUACUGUUGCUGACUGGAUUCUCGACACACUGUGAACUGACACUGAAGUGCUACAAAUAUUGUGCAGGAGACACAAUACACAUUAACUAGGCUUCUCGUUUUGGUAGAUAUUUUCUACUGCAUUUUCCCAUAGGAACAGCAUUCUGACAAAAGCACCAGACAGAGUGACAUGGCAGGUAGAGGCGGAGCCACGCGACCCAACGGACCUAAUGCAGGCAACAAGAUCUGCCAAUUCAAACUUGUGCUUUUAGGAGAGUCAGCGGUGGGAAAGUCGAGUCUUGUACUUCGUUUUGUCAAGGGUCAGUUUCACGAAUUCCAAGAGAGCACAAUCGGAGCUGCCUUCCUGACUCAGACAGUAUGUUUGGACGACACAACAGUCAAAUUUGAGAUCUGGGACACAGCUGGUCAGGAACGUUACCACAGUCUGGCUCCCAUGUAUUACAGAGGUGCCCAGGCAGCCAUUGUGGUGUAUGAUAUCACAAAUGAGGAGUCAUUUGUACGGGCAAAGAACUGGGUUAAAGAGCUUCAGAGACAAGCCAGUCCAAACAUUGUAAUAGCUCUGGCUGGGAACAAGGCGGAUCUUGCAAACAAGAGAGCUCUGGACUUCCAGGAUGCACAGUCAUACGCAGACGACAACAGCUUGCUUUUCAUGGAAACAUCAGCAAAGACCUCGAUGAACGUGAAUGAGAUUUUCAUGGCCAUCGCAAAGAAGCUACCCAAGAACGAGCCCCAGGCCGCCAGCGCCAGCAGCGGGCGGAACCGGGGUGUGGACCUGACAGAGACGGCUCAGCCCACCAGCCGUCCCUGCUGCAGUAACUAACCCAGCUCUUCCUCCUCCUUUACCCCCCACACACACCUCCCCCGUCUGCUCCCUCCUCUCCACCGAACAACAUCUGGACAUCAGGCUUCUUGGCUUCCUGAUGUCAGACCCGAUCUUCACCCUCACUCCCCUGGAAUAGCUAAAAGACUCUGUAUAGCUGCAUUUCUAAUACCUUUUUUUUUUUUUUUUUGGUCCUUUUUUUUUUUUUUUUAAACUUUUUUUAAGAAGUGUAUAUCAGUAUAAUGGAUGCAUGUAUCACUACAACGCCUAGAAAAAAAAGAAGAAAAAAAAAAAGCAACACAUUUUUAUCUCGUUGAGUUGGAAAGCUAACCCCGUUU